CGGGGCCGCUGGAGCCCCGCGGGGUCAGCCGUGGAGGGCGCGGGAGCCCUCGCCGCCCGGAGCUGCCCCGCCCCCGGCGUCCCGGGGGCCGGCCUUUGGAUGGGGAGGCCUCGCUGGUGACGGCGGCUUCAGCCGGCCCGGUGCGGCCGCAAGGCGGAUUCUUAGGAGUUGCAGUUUCGUGUUCUGGGUCAUUUGGUUGCCCUGCUGUGCUCCGUCACCUCCUAAAGAUGCAUCCUGACUUAUCUCCACACUUGCACACUGAAGAAUGCAACGUCUUGAUUAACUUGCUUAAGGAAUGUCACAAAAAUCACAGCAUUCUGAAAUUUUUUGGUCGUUGCAAUGAUCUUGAUCGGGAGAUGAGAAAAUGCUUGAAGAAUGAGUACAUGGAAAAGAGGACCAAGAGCAGGGAGCAUGGCAAUGCGAUGAGAAAAAGACUUUUUAAUCCCGCAGAGGAAUCUGAAAAAUAAAUUACAGGCAUACCUUGUUUUAUUGUGCUUCGUUUUAUUGAACUUCGCAGAUAAUGCAUUUUUUUCAAAUUGAAGGUUUGUGGCAACCUGGCACAAGCAAGUCUAUUGGCGCCAUUUUUCCAACAGCAUUUCUCACCUUGUGUCUUUGUAUCACAUUUUGGUAAUUCUUACAAUAUUUUGAACUUUGUAAUUAUUAUAUUUCUUAUGGUGAUCUGUGAUGUUACUAUUGUGAUUGUUUUGGGGUGCCACAAAGUGUGCCCGUAUAAGACAGUGAACUUAAUCAGUGUUCUGUGUAUUGUGACUGCUCACCAACCAGCCAUUCCCUUGUCUCUUCCUGUCCUUGGGCCUCCCUACCCCCUGAGACUCAACAUAUUGAAAUUAGGCCAGUUAGUAAUCCUACGAUGGCCUCUAAGUAUUCAAGUGAAAGGAAGAGUCCUUCAUCUCUCACUGUAAGUCAAAAGGUAGAAGUGAUAAGCUCAGCAAGAAAGGCAUGUUGAAAGCCGAGAUAGGCUGGAGCCAAGUUGCCAAAUACAAAGGGAAAGUUCUUGAAGGAAAGUAAAAGUGCUACUCCAGUGAACACACAAGUGGUAAGGAAGCAAAACAGCCUUGUUUCAGUGGUCUGGAUAGAAGAUCAAACGUUCCCUUAAGCCAAAGCCUACUCUAGAGCAAAGUCCUAGCUCUCUUCAAUUCUGUGAUGGCCAAGAGGUGAGGAAGCAGAAGAAAAGUUUGAAGCUUGUAGACACUGAUUUGUGAGGUUUAAAGAAAAGAAGCUGUCUUUAUAACCUAAAAGCGUGUGGUGACAAGUGCCAAUGUAGAAGCUGCAGCAACAUCGAAGCAAGACCUUCUAGUACUUUAUUAGCAAUAAAGUAUUUUUAAUUAAGGCAUGUACAUUGUUUUCUAGACAUAAUGCUAUUAUACACUUAAUAGACUACAGGAUAGUAUAAAUGUAAUUUUCAUACGUGCUGGGAAGCCAAAAAAUUCAUUUGACCUGCUUUGUUAUAUUUGCUUUACCGUGAUGGUCUGGAACCAAACUUGUAGUAUCUCUGAGGGUUGCCUGUAUACUUUCCCUGGAUGCCUUGGCUGAGAGAAGAUGUAAAGACUAUUGGUUGAUAACCGAAAGAAUCUUACCUGAUUUGGUCUCCAGAAUCCUUUGACUGGAAAGUGACCCAUGAGAAGUCAAGCCAUGGAGAAAUACAGAAGCCCUGAUUCUGAAUAUUUGUUGGGUGGAGCCUUGGUUACUCUCUCUCAUCUGCGAACACACCUGACUUCCAACAUGUCUCUUCCCUUUGCCAACAAUGGGCAUUUGCUUAUCUCCUUCAAUAAAAUAAUUGGUUUUAAUCGUA